GGGUUCGCGCAUGCGCCCUGGGCACUCUCCCCUGACCAGGGAGAGGACUCUCAGGUGCAGAAGCUGCUGGUUGGCGCUUCCCCUUUGCUGUAGGUGAAGAAGCCCCGGGGCCCUUCUGCUGCCAAGGGGCCCCAGAGGAAGCGGCCAGAGCCUGCCUGCCACUUUCCUCCACUCAGUCCUCCUCCUGAUGGAGAAAUUCCUCAUCCCAGCAGUUCCUGGACCCGCCCUGGAGAAAGGCCCAGGGCCCAGGGCCACCGAGGAGGAGGAGGAGGAGGAGGAGGAAGGCUCUGCCCAGCAAGGCAGCCCAAAGGAGAUGACCCCCCUGCCAGGGGUGUCGUGGAAGAAAAUCCGGGCAGAGGGGCUCAGCUGUGACUAUGCCACCCUCUAUGGCAAAGCCGAAGCGUAUAAAAUCUUCCAGCAGCUGGAAAAGGAAGUGGAGUACUUUGAAGGUGAAUUCACCAGGCUGCACGUUUUCGGGAAGUGGCACGACAUCCCCAGGAAGCAGGUGACCUACGGGGAUGUUGGGCUCACCUACACGUACUCUGGUGUCACCUUUUCCCCCAAGCCCUGGAUUCCAGUUCUGAAUCGCCUCAGGGACCGCGUCCAGCGGAUCACCGGGCACACCUUCAACUUCGUUUUGAUAAACAGGUACAAAGAUGGGCACGACCACAUGGGAGAGCACAGGGAUGACGAAAGGGAGCUGGUUCCCCGCAGCCCCAUUGCCUCCUUGUCCUUCGGUGCCCGCAGGGACUUCAUCUUCCGCCACGGGGCUUCUCGGGGCAAAAACCCCUCUCGACGAAUCGCACCGGUCAAGUUGCAGUUGGAUCACGGCAGUCUGCUAAUGAUGAACUUCCCCACCAACCACCACUGGUACCACAGCCUGCCCAGCCGCAAGAAAGUGCUGGCACCCAGAAUCAAUCUGACCUUUCGGAAAGUCAGGACUCUUUAGCUCCCAGAAGCGGGGGAAGGGGUGUCCGGGGAGGGGGGGGGAGAGAAGCAUCUUUCCACCCUUUCCCUUUUGGGUGCCUGAAGCCCCCCCCCCCUCAUUUCUCACAGGCUGUGGCCUGGGUUUACAGUUUCCUUUUCUUGAAACCUAUCUGGACACGAAACUUGUAAUCACGGCCUCUGUUUGCACAACCUGAUGCAGCCCCUGGGGUCUCUAACCAAGGUGGCUCUGGUUUGCCUCCCUAACCAGCCAGUCACACUUUAUCCUGAAGGGCUGUGUGAACCUGGCCUGUGGCACAAUGAGAAAAUUGGGUUAACUGAAUAAGCCAGACUUUGGUUAAUUAUUGGGGGGGGGGGGAGUGUGCUGCACAAACAGCAACUCUGGCUCAGUGCAUGUUCAAUCUGCUUGCUGCUUAAGAAGCUGGUCAAGAUUCAUGGUGCUUCUGUAAGCAGGGAGGCAUCACUGUCUUAAUUCGAGUAAAGUGUCUCUACCAAUGCAGGCCUGUUUCUGCCCAGGGAAUCCCACAGCUUGGAGCUAAAGAGAGGCCUGGGUCUUCCCAGAGCUUAUUUACGCCUUGUCCUACCCACUCCUUUCCAUUUGAGCGAACCUGAGGCGACUGCAAGCAGCGGCAUGCCUGAGGUCCACAAACUACUGUUUUGUGUCUUUUUAAAUACCCCGAAAUAAAGAAAAAGUGAUCAUUUGUUU